UCGGGGUCUGCGCGCGGAGUUCUCAGCGCUGGUAACCAUGGCGUCGGACGGGAUGAUCUUAACGAACCACGACCACCAGAUCCGGGUCGGCGUCCUCACAGUGAGCGACAGCUGUUUUCGUAACCUUGCUGAGGAUCGCAGUGGAAUCAACCUCAAAGACCUUGUGCAUGACCCCUCCCUGCUCGGAGGAACUAUUUCAGCCUAUAAAAUAGUUCCAGAUGAAAUUGAUGAGAUCAAGGAAACACUUGUGGAUUGGUGCGAUGAGAAAGAGCUCAACCUCAUCCUGACCACUGGGGGCACCGGCUUUGCCCCUCGUGAUGUCACACCAGAGGCCACUAAAGAAGUGAUAGAGCGAGAGGCUCCAGGAAUGUCACUGGCCAUGUUAAUGGGGUCUCUGAAUGUGACUCCACUGGGCAUGCUGUCCAGACCGGUGUGUGGCAUCCGAGGGAAAACACUUAUUAUCAACCUGCCUGGGAGCAAGAAAGGCUCACAGGAAUGUUUCCAGUUCAUCCUUCCUGCUCUUCCUCACGCCAUAGACCUACUGCGGGAGGCCGUCGUCAAGGUAAAGGAAGCAGCCAAUGAGCUGGAGGAUCUGCCCUCACCCCCGCCCCCACUGUCCCCGCCUCCUUCCUCAAGCCCCGCCCACCGCCAGACCGAAGACAAAGGAGUGCAGUGUGAGGAGGAAGAGGAGGAGAAGAAGGACAGCGGCGUGGCCUCGGCUGAGGACAGCUCCUCCUCCCACAUCACUGCCGCCUCUAUCGCUGCCAAGAUUCCAGACUCCAUCAUCUCACGCGGUGUUCAGGUCCUCCCUCGAGACACGGCAUCUCUCAGCACCACGCCGUCCGAAUCUCCUCGAGCUCAAGCCACCUCCCGCCUGUCCACUGCCUCGUGCCCAACACCCAAGGCGAGGCUCCCUUCCUCUUCCUCCACCCUAAGCAUUGCUGAGGCCUCUCGGAGAGAGUUCAGGGCCCAUCUGGAUGAGGUCAUCACGCUCAAGUCAAGGUACUCUACCUUGGACCAGCUCCAGUGUAGGUUGGAGGUGCUUAAAGAUGAUCGAAGGAGCCAUAGGACCUUCAGCUCUCGAGUGCAGUCACGAUGCAGCAGCAAAGAAAAUAUCUUACGGGCGAGUCACAGUGCAGUGGACAUCACUAAGGUGGCCCGGAGGCACCGUAUGUCCCCAUUCCCACUAACCUCCAUGGAUAAAGCCUUCAUCACUGUGCUGGAGAUGACGCCAGUUCUGGGCACUGAGAUUAUUAACUACAGAGAUGGAAUGGGCCGAGUUCUGGCUCAGGAUGUUUAUGCCAAAGACAACCUGCCCCCUUUCCCCGCCUCUGUGAAGGAUGGCUACGCUGUGCGAGCGGCUGAUGGGCCUGGUGACCGCUUUAUCAUCGGCGAGUCUCAGGCAGGGGAGCAGCCCACACACACAGUGAUGCCAGGCCAGGUGAUGAGGGUGACGACCGGGGCUCCAAUCCCAUGUGGAGCCGACGCUGUGGUGCAGGUGGAGGACACAGAGCUACUGAGAGAAUCCGAGGACGGCACAGAGGAACUUGAAGUGCGCAUUCUGGUGCAAGCACGUCCCGGACAGGAUAUCAGGCCCAUUGGUCAUGACAUAAAACGUGGAGAGUGUGUGUUGGCCAAAGGCACUCAUAUGGGCCCAUCGGAGAUCGGCUUGCUGGCCACAGUUGGAGUCACAGAAGUGGAAGUGCACAAAUUCCCUGUGGUGGCUGUAAUGUCCACAGGAAACGAGCUGCUGAACCCUGAGGACGAUCUACACCCAGGGAAAAUCCGUGACUCCAACCGCUCCACGCUGCUUGCCACUAUUCAGGAGCAUGGCUACCCCACCAUUAACCUGGGCAUCGUGGGAGACAACCCAGAUGACCUCCUGAAUGCCCUGAACGAGGGUAUCAGCCGUGCCGAUGUCAUCAUUACCUCAGGGGGCGUGUCUAUGGGCGAGAAGGACUACCUGAAGCAGGUGUUGGAUAUUGACCUUCAUGCUCAGAUUCACUUUGGGCGUGUCUUUAUGAAACCCGGUCUCCCUACAACAUUUGCCACUUUGGACAUGGACGGUACACGAAAGCUAAUUUUUGCUCUACCAGGUAGGGAUGGGAAUCCAGUGUCAGCUGUGGUCACGUGUAAUCUCUUCGUCAUACCCGCCUUGAGGAAGAUGCAGGGAAUCCUGGACCCACGACCCACCAUCAUCAAAGCUAGAUUGUCCUGUGAUGUAAAGCUGGACCCACGGCCUGAGUAUCACCGCUGUAUUUUAACAUGGCACCAUCAGGAGCCGCUGCCAUGGGCGCAGAGCACAGGGAACCAGGUAAACAGUCGGCUCAUGAGCAUGCGCAGUGCCAACGGCCUCCUCAUGCUACCUCCCAAAACAGAGCAAUACGUGGAGCUGCACAAAGGCGAGGUGGUGGAUGUCAUGGUCAUAGGGCGGCUAUGAUGUCAUCGGCGAGGGACAGAGGGAUGGAGGGAGCAUAGAGCUGCGAGCGAGCGGUGGUUCACGGUGCAUGCCCACAUAUCAUCGACUAUCUCUGUAAUAUGCAAUGGCACAGCUAGUUUUUAUUGAUUUGGAUACCGUUGAAGUAUAGUCGACAUCUUGAUCACGAAAAACUACUAAAUAUGUAUUCAGAAAAAAAAAAAGAUUUAAAAAGAUCCUAGUAUUUAAAACCUUAAAAAAACUUUUAAGUAAAAAAAGAGAUUUAUUCUGUAAUAUAUUAUUAUAAUUAUUACUCUUAUUAUUAUUGAUUAUGAUCAUUAUUCUUCUCAUGAUUAUUAUAUUAAGACAGCUCUGUUCUUUUCAUUGCGAUUGCUUUGUGUGUUCGAUGCUAGACCUUAUCGAUAUAGCUGUAGCAUUUUAAUAGAAAGCAGUAGGUGCCUGCCAGGAAAAAAAUAUAUACAUUAUUUCCUCAUCUUAAAGCGAUAGUUUGGCUAAAAAUCAAUUUUCACACAGCUUCCUCUUUACCCCCUAAAAGUGAUUGAUCAGCCAAGAUGCGUUUGGUGUCUGAAUUUACAGGAGCUACAGGGGUAAUGUAGCUCACAAGUAAUGGAGACUUUCGGCAGUUUAGCAAACUGGAUCGGGGUGAAUCGGGGAGUUGUGUGAAAUGCAUUUUGGGCCAAACGACAAACGGACUUGAUAGCUCAAACAUGAGUAUCAUGUGAGGUGAGUGGAGAGUGAUACUUCCUGCAACACUCUGGUUUUUUCCUCAUCCGUACGCACCAUUACGGCUUCACCGAGAGCUUUGCUUGUUGUUUCUCUUGUGAGUCUUGUUUAUGUACGCAGUGGGGGUUUUGUGUGGGGGAACACGAAACCGCCUGCCCGAUCCCUGAAGCUUCCUUAUUAGUCACCUGACCUGGUGAAGCUCCUCCUCUAACCCCCAGGGGGUGGAGUCACUGGAUAACCUUUUAUUUGAAUAUAUAUAUAUAUAUACAUAUAUAUAUAUAUAUAUAUAUAUAUAUAUAUAUAUAUAUAUAUAUAUAAACAUGCUGAUGGAAACAGCUUAUUUAAGUGCUGAGAGCCUUUUUAACCUACUACACAAACCUGUACAGUAAAAAACACAAACCGUGUUGUACAGAUCUACGUGACCAGCACUGCGGAGAAAACUUACCAAGCAAAGAGGAGACAUUGCUGAACAAACUCUGUACAAUAACAUUUUCUGUAAUGAUAUGAAACUGAUGAGAGAGACUAUGAUAAUA